AUGGAUAUCAAUCCAUCGGUUUAUGUGAGAGUCGGUGGUAAACAAAGACAAUCAGCGGAACAACUCAUACAAGACAUACCAAAAGACAGGGAUUAUAAUAUAAUUGUUGACAUCGGGUGUGGUUCGGGAUAUAUGACUCAAUUAUUGGCCAAACGAGUCAAACAUAAGAAUCACAAAAUGGAUUCAAUUGAAUAUUGGAUACAAGAUAUGAGUGUCUCGUGGCAUGACAUGAGUUCACGUCUUAAGGAACUGGAGUCCAGAGUAGACCUCAUUGUCUCAAACUUUGCAUUUCAUUGGAUUGAAGAUAAAAGUCAAUUAAUGGCAAAAACUGAAUACAAUUCGUGGGGAAAGACAUUCUCAAAGGAACAACAUCUGAGUAUUUGGAGGAAUGCCUGUUUGGGAACUGGAUUAAGGAUUACACGUUCGGAGGUUUACGACAGAUGUUGGAGAUUUGAAAGACAACAAAUGAUUGAUUUUGGGACUAUAUUAUACACCAAUUUUACACAACUGUUUGGCAUUAAAGACAGUCCGAGAAUAGAGUUCAUCCAAAACGUGACGUACGACCUCUACACCCUUCGGGAACAACACGGAAAGGAUGAAGGAUUUUAUGAGACUAUACCUCCGGAUGUCGUAGUGUUUGCCACAAACACCCAACACGUGAGUCGAGUCCAUAAACUGUGUUAUGAACACAACGUCCCAAUCAUACCGUACGGCACGGGAACGGGACUCGAGGGCGGA